AUGGACGAAUUGGAAAGGUUGCGUCCAGUUGGACGAUUGGAACAAUAUUCAACAGCGCGCCAUCAAGUGGGGUUCUACUUGAAUGUUGCAGUAUCAGCAACGUACACUCUCCCAAAUUCAUUCACAGCCCCUAUCAAGGACUAUGUGUAUCAAGCAUGCGAAGCCGCAAUCGCAGAGCACCCGUCGUUAUCCGCCAUUGUGGCAGAUGAUCAUACGCAAGACCCGUACUUUGUCCGGCUACCGCAGAUCGACUUAGAUAAAGUUGUUUCUUUCAAGGUCCGGCAGCCUAGUCUGCUAGGCACAGAAGCUAAUGGUGAACCAACCCCUGAUCUGGACCUGCAAGCCCUCCUGGCGGGGCAGCACAAUCUGCCUUUCAAAGCGCUGGAUCCGCUGUGGAGAUUGUGUAUUCUCCAAGAUACAGGGAAUAAACAGCAUUUCACUGCUGCUUUUGUAUAUCACCAUGCCAUUGGCGAUGGGACUUCCGGGAAAGCAUUUCAUCAAACCCUCCUGCGAGCCUUAAGCGCUGCUCCAUCAGAUGAUCCUAAAACUGUCAUCACGCCGCCGCAAAAGAGCAUGCUUCCUAAUAUCGAGACCAUCCACUCAAUGAACCUCUCCAUGUGGUAUCUCACCAAGAAACUCUUCCAAGCGAAGAUCUACUCGCGAAGAGAUGAGGGAUUAUGGACAGGUGCCAAGAUCCGCAAACCAACACAGACACGGCUACGACUGGUUCCAUUUUCUGAAACUAUAGUUACGGCAUUGAGACAUCUCUGUCGUCAGGAAAAUACAACUAUCACUGCGUUCCUGCAGACCCUCGUCGCCCGCUCACUCUUCACGCAUCUCCCAGUUGAAUACUCAAAGCUGAAUUGCAGCGGAGCAUUAUCUUGUCGGCGCUGGCUACCAGAAUAUAUUACGGACGACAGCAUGGGCGUUUGGGUCCAAGAUUACGAGGAACAAUAUACACGUGACGCCACGAUCCCUUCAUCGGAUCAUAUGUUCCCCUGGGCUGAGGCUCGCCGGUCUCGGAAUACUAUCAAUUCGGUUUUGAAGAUGAAAGGGAAAGAUGCUAGUAUCAAUCUCCUUCAAUUCGUGGAUGAUUAUCAGCAGGAAUUGUGUCUUUCCAAGGUCGGCUUAGAGCGCGAUAAGAGUUUCGAGGUUUCGAACAUUGGGGUUGUUCCUCCUCAGACAGAUCCUGCUGUGCCUGAUAUCCAGGGUAUGGUCUUUUCCCAAUGUGCUAGUGUGAUGGGUAAUGCGCUCCAGGUUUCUGUUGUUACUGGUGGUGAUGGGUGUUUGGUGCUUGCUAUUUCUUGGCAGGAGAGUGUUGUUGAGGUUGGUCUUGUUAAUGCGUUCAUUGAGUCAGCUAAGGGUGAGAUAUAUCGUCUGACGGGGCGGGGCUAA